AUGGCGCCUCCAAACAUGCUCACUUCAGCAUGGCGCGACUUUUGGCAUACCAUGACCUCCAAUGACCGCCAUGCUUCCCACGACUCUCCUUUCCGCACCGGCCAGCACGUCCCGCUUGCUCAGAGCCGCCAUGCUCCCCUCACUUCGGUCGCGACCAGCGCCAUGGAUUCCAGGCUUGACGUCAACUCGCCAUACGCCCAGGACGACCCGAGUGCGAAUGGCUUCAUGGGCUCGCCUGCCUCCAACUCUCCUUAUUCUCCCGGAAUGAGGUCCUCAGUGCAUGACAACCCAGAGGGCAGAACCGGUGAGAUCCAAAUGCAGAACUUCAGCGAAGGUCUUCCUCCCCCUCCUCCUGUCGGUCACUCCUGGAAGCGCAUCGAUCGCUGGGUCGAGGACAACUACGAGGAGCUGUUUGAGAACCUCUGCGAGGGGGCGACGCACAACGAUGUCAAUGAGCUGGAGCACAUGUUGGACUGCACAUUGCCGGUCGAACUCCGCGAGUCGCUACAGAUCCACGAUGGUCAAGAACGCGGCGGUUUACCCACUGGUCUGCUCUUUGGUUGCAUGCUCCUGGACUGCGAAGAGAUUCUUAUGGAAUAUACCAAUUGGCGCAGGGUCAACGACGAUUUUAUCUCGCAGGCGCCGUCCGUCCAGUCUCCACAAGCGCCCAUCAAGGCCUUUGCCGGCCCUUCCUCCUCGUCCACGCCGCCACCGCCUGACUCCAAGGCGGCGAACCCCAACUGGCGCCAAGACCUGAUGACGCGCCAAGAUUCUCAGCCUCCCAACGCAAUCCAGAAGGCUUACAUCCACCCGGCCUGGAUUCCCCUCGCUCGUGAUUGGGGUGGUAACUGUAUCGCAGUCGACCUCGCGCCUGGUCCAGCUGGUAGAUGGGGACAGAUCAUUAUCUUCGGUCGUGACUAUGACUGCAAAUACGUCGUCUCCCGCUCUUGGGCCGCUUUCUUGGCCUCUUUCGCCGACGAUCUUUGCUCCGACAAGGUCGAAGUGGACGAAGAGAUGAAAGAACUUAAACUGAGGGCAUUCCCCAACCAGAAUGUUGAUCCUCCAUAUCUUGAGGUUCUUCGUUGGCGUACCGACCAAAAGUACGGCCGCAGGGCUCCCAAGAAGCGGCCAACAAGCGGACUGCAGAUCAACCCCAAUGCCGGUGCAAGCAAUGGUAUCAGCCCUUAUGGAAGCCCUUCCGGUGAGGAAAGGGGCCGCUCCCCACACCGUCUUAGCGGCGGCAAGUCGAUCAUAGCUCCCAGCCCGCGAAACCCAAUUUCCAGCCCCUUGGCGCGAGUAGCAGAAGAGACCCCGCAGGGACCUAAGCUCAAUGUUGAUGAAGAGAAGCUCCUCUCGCUGGAUACACCCCGCCCUAGUCAGGAGCUGAAGGAUGCCAAUGAUGGUGCCGGGAAGUCCAGCAUGGACAGUGACAAAGAGAACUCGGACGAGAAGGGCAAAGGCAAGAGCGUCAUCUCUUCUGAGGAGAUGAAGACGGUUGAAAUAUAA